ACAGUGCCAGUGCCGAGCUGGCUCAGGGCAGCGCCCAGUCUGCCUGCCGGGGAGGGCCGCCCAGAGCCAGGCUGCUGGGGGGACUCUGUGUCACCUCUGCGUUCCGUUCCAGGGCUGAGGAGGGCGCGUCCUUCCUGAGGAGGACGUGAUCUGCUGCCCAGAGGCUGUGGGCACGAGAUGAUGUGGGAGCCCGCCCGUCAUGUCCAGCUGAGGCCCAGGAGCUCGGUGCUGAACAUGCUGAGGAGGCUGGACAGGAUCAGGUUCAGAGGCCCCAAGAGAGAGGACUGUCUGGACCUCGCGGAGUCGCCCAAUGCCUCGGACACCGAGUGCGCUGACGAGCUGCCCCUGAAGAUACCUCGGACCUUGCCCCGCGACAGCGAGGAGCUCAGGGACCCUGCUGGCCCAGGGACCCUCAUCAUGGCCACGGGCCCCCAGGACUUCAACCGCACGGAGUUCGAUCGUCUGAACGAGAUCAAGGGUCACCUGGAAAUCGCCUUGCUGGAGAAGCAUUUCCUUCAGGAGGAGCUCCGGAAGCUACGCGAGGAAACCAACUCGGAGAUGCUGAGGCAGGAGCUGGACCGGGAGCGGCAGCGGCGGAUGGAGCUGGAGCAGAAGAUGCAGGAGGUGCUGAAGGCCAGAGUCGAGGAGCAGACUGCGCAGGCCCAGCCGCCGCCGAAGGGGCAGAGCCAGCCCAGCAAUGGAGCAGACCGCCGCAGCCAGGGGCUGUCCGCACGCCUGCAGAAGUGGUUCUACGAGAGGUUCGGGGAGUACCUGGAGGACUUCCACUUUCAGCCCGAGGAGAACACCGUGGAGACCGAGGAGCCCCUCAGUGCCCGCAGGUUGACGGAGAACAUGAGGCGACUGAAGCGUGGUGCCAAGCCCGUCACCAGCUUCGUGAGGAACCUCUCGGCCCUGUCUGACUGGUACUCCGUCUACACCUCUGCCAUUGCCUUCACGGUGUACAUGAACGCCGUGUGGCACGGCUGGGCCAUCCCCAUGUUCCUGUUUCUCGCCAUCCUGAGGCUGUCUCUCAAUUACCUCAUCGCUAGAGGCUGGCGGAUACAGUGGAGCAUUGUGCCAGAGGUGUCUGAAGCCGUGGAACCUCCGAAGGAAGACCUCACCGUGUCCGAGAAGUUCCAGCUGGUGCUGGAUGUCGCCCAGAAAGCCCAGAACCUCUUUGGAAAGAUGGCUGACAUCCUGGAAAAGAUCAAGAACCUGUUCAUGUGGGUACAGCCCGAGAUCACGCAGAAGCUGUACAUCGCGCUGUGGGCCGCCUUCCUGGCCUCCUGCUUCUUCCCCUACCGCCUGGUGGGGCUCGCCGUGGGACUCUAUGCUGGUGUCAAGUUUUUCCUCAUUGACUUCAUCUUCAAACGCUGCCCUCGACUGAGAGCCAAGUACGACACGCCCUACAUCAUCUGGCGGAGCCUCCCCACAGACCCCCAGCUCAAGGAGCGCGCAGGUGCCACUGUGUCACGAAGGCUGCAGACAGCCGCGUCACGGAGCUACGUCUCCAGUGCGCCUGCCAGCUUGAGCAAGGACGAGGAUGCCGGUCGCUUCCACAGCACCAAGAAGGGCAAUUUCCAUGAAAUCUUCAACUUGACUGAGAACGAGCGGCCCCUGGCAGUGUGUGAGAGUGGCUGGCGAUGCUGCCUGAUAAACCGAGACCGGAAGAUGCCCACGGACUACAUCAGGAACGGGGUGCUGUAUGUGACAGAGAACUACCUAUGCUUUGAGAGCUCCAAAUCCGGGUCUUCCAAGAGGAACAAGGUCAUCAAGCUGGUGGACAUCACAGACAUCCAGAAGUACAAGGUCCUGUCUGUCCUCCCAGGCUCGGGCAUGGGCAUUGCUGUGUCAACACCAUCGACCCAGAAGCCGCUGGUGUUCGGCGCCAUGGUGCACAGGGACGAGGCCUUCGAGACCAUCUUCAGUCAGUACAUGAAGAUCACAUCUGCAGCAGCCUCGGGUGGGGACAGCUAGUACUGACCCUGGACGCUGCCAGAAGCGUUUCAACACUCGGUGUGGGACAGAGCGACCCUCCCGGGGACCUUUUGCAAUAAUUCCCCUCCUGUGGUUUCUGUUGGGUUGGCUGCAUUUGCAGAGCCUGUUGUCCAGUGGCCAGGGCCCCCAAGGAGGUGCCGCUGCCCCUGGUGGGCACAGGAGGCACUUAGUGAACGUGGCCGCAGGGGGCCGCAGGGCUUGUUGGAAAGAUGAUGCACUGGGCCUUGUUAACUGGGGCCUCCUAGGCACAGCACCUCUAUCUCCAGGCAGCCUGGGUACUGACUGGCACCGGCUACCCUGGAGGCUCUUGUGACCCCCCAAGGCCACUGCUGUGCAGAGGCAGAAGCUCCCCAUCAAAGCCAUUGCCGAAUGCGUCCAUGUGCCCUCUUGCUGGGGGCAGGAAGGAGUGGACCUGAGCCCCCACGGCAGCUGCCUGGAAGUGGCCAGCGAGUCUCCCUCGAGCUGACCUACAGCUGGGCUUCUUGGAGCUCAGGGCCUGGCCCCAGGACAGGAUUGUGGGAGCAGUGAGGCUAGGCAUUUGGGGACCCCCCUCUUCCUGGCACGGAAGGCGGAGACUGGGGCCUGCAGUUGGUGACCAGGAGGGGUAGAGGGGUCUGAAGGUGAAAGCACAUCUCCCCAACACGGCUCCGUGGAGGGGACGACAGGAGGACUUGGGGUGCUGAGCUAUGGUUGCUCUCAGGUGAAAAUCGAUAGGCGGGCCAACUUGGCCUCCGGGCUGCAAGCACACAAGGAGGUGCCCUGCAGAGGCCAGGGCUGCAGGUCCCUCCCAUCUGUGGGGCAGCAGGAGCCCCUGGGUGGACCAUCUGCCAUAGAGGGUGGCUGGGAGCACAUCCUGCUGUGGGGCAGGGCCACCCUGCACCCCUGACGCCUGACAGUAUUCUGCCACCCUUGGGUGCCCAGUGUCGCUAGGCCGGGCACACAGCACCACCAGGCCACCCCGUACAGGGCUGCUCGCCCUGGCUCAGAUAAGCGCUGGCUCUUGUGGAGGCUGAGGGCGCGGCUCCCGGGCUUGGUUCACCCCGGGAUGUCGUCUGCAUACAGAUCUGAAGUGACAAGAAGCAGACACUGAAUCCUGGGACGGCCUGGCCUCCAAGGGCCGCGGCCACCUGUGACCUGCUCGCUUUCUGAAGAGUCUCUUCAGUUCUUCAGCUUGUCCUGGGCCUUUCAGGUGUCACUGAGAUUGUUUUUUGAAGAAACAGAUUAUAUUUUUUACAGAGAGCAAGCUGUUUUUCUUAUUUUUGUAUCAUUUUUCAAAUGUGAUUUUUACCUUUGCUCUGAAUCCUUGUUGGCCGGCUCGAGAGUGAGGUGUGGGCUGGGGGCUGAUGAUACCCCUGCCCAGGGGCUGCAGGGUUGCAGCUGGUGCAGGGACAGGGCACAGCCAGCCAGGUCUGCACACAGGUCCCUGUGCCCCCAGCGCUGAAGGCAGAGCCCUGGUGUGGCUCAGCCUAGCAGUAGACCCCACUCUCCAGUGCAUGGAAUUGGGCAGGACCUGGGUGACCCCAGGAUGGCUGUGUGGGUGAUGCCCAUGGGUGAUGGUAUGACCUCUCCCUGGCCGGUGCUGGGAUCAUGUGGACAGGGAGUACUUCCUGUCCACAGCACUGUGGGGAGGGCCUGGCGGACAGGGCUUCUUGCAGGCCGUGUGGUUUCGUUUGAGGCCCUUCCUUGGAGAAGGGCAAUGAAGACUGGCCAUGGCCUGCUGGGCACAGCCAUCAGGUGUGUGUGGGAGCCUUGUGUCACCCCAAGUUGCACAGGCAGGCAGCAGCAGGGUCUUGGAUGAAGCCUGGGCCUGUCAGAGACACCACGGUCCUGUGGGAGUGUUAAUCUGGGCGGAUAUUUAAUUUCUAUGACUAAUCACUAAACUAGAAUGAAUGUUAAAUUUUGUAUGUCUGAAGCUUGAGUCUAUUUUGGAUGUGUACAUAAUCGUUACUGGUGUAACUUUUGUUCAGCAAAAGGAUUGUACUGUAUGAGGAACCGAUGAAAAAUUCCUUGUCACAUUUUUUUAAGAAAACCUUGUUUAAAGAAAAAGUCUUGUAUAAAUUAUAAUUUUUAUUUAAAUAAACCUAAAAUGCUUUGUGCUAAGA